GCUGGGCCAAACAAGAGAGAAAAAAAAAAACAACUUAAAUUUAUUUAACCUGGCCCAUUGCAACGCCGCGGCGCACAAGUAAACCAUAUUUAUAUAAGUUUUUGGCGAAGUUGUGAAAUUAAAGUGUUUUAGCCAAAAACGCGCAAGCCAAUCAGUCGAAACGGAUAUCUAAAAUGCUGGAAACUGAGGUGCGACAACAACCCAAGCUCAAUGGAUCCUCAUCCAAUGAGGACUUUGAUCCGUAUGUUUGCUCUCUGAGCCCUGACUUGAAGGCGGUGGCCUGGGAGGAGCUGCACGAGGAUGAAAAUAUACGGCGACAGGCCUUGGCUCAGUUCCGUGAGUGGAUUGCCAAGCAUCCGCAUAUCAAGAAGUGCCGCACUGAUGCGAUCUUCCUGCUGCGUUUUCUGCGCACCAAGAAAUUCUCAGUGCCCGCAGCUUGCGAGAUGCUCGAGCGCUAUCUGACCAUUCGCCAGUUGUAUCCCCAAUGGUUCCAGAAACUGGACAUAAAUGACCCGGCCAUCAAUGAGAUCUUCGAUGCUGGGUAUUUGGUGCCACUGCCGCAGCGCGACUCGACCGGGCGUCAGGUGAUCUUCUCGGUGGCCGCCAAGUUCGAUCCCUACAAGUUCACAUCGGUGCAGAUGGCGCGCGUGCACAGUCUAAUAUGUGAGUCGCUGCUAGACGAAGAGGACUCGCAGGUGUCGGGCUAUGUCUAUGUGAACGACGAGAGCGGCAUGAACAUGGGCUUCGUGAGCCUCUGGUCGCUGACCGAUCUGCGCAGCAUCAUGAAGUGCAUUCAGAACUCGACGCCCAUGCGCCACAAAGAGACGCAUUUUGUCAAUAUACCCCACUAUGCCAAUCGCAUCAUUGAACUGGGCGUGUCCAUGCUCAGCGACAAGCUGAAGAAGCGCAUCAUUGUCCACAAGAACGUAGACGCUUUGAAGACAAAAAUGGAUCCAGCCAUUUUGCCCAAGGAAUACGGCGGCACUGUUCCCAUCGCCGACAUGAUACGCGAGUUCAAGGCGAAGCUGCUGCAGCGCCGCGCUGCGAUCCUCGCCUUGGAUGACAUGCACAUCGAGAUCACCAAGGAGGCGGCCAACUUUGCGGGCAACGACGUGGGCGACAUUGAUGCCGGCGUCGUGGGUAGCUUUAGGAAACUGGAGGUGGAUUAGUUUUAAUGUCCAGUUGGGCUUUAGAUUAGGCUAGGCUAGGUCAGAAUACCAUUGAAACAUUUGACAACAC